AUGGCACAAACCAUUUCGAAAGCAUCUGUUCAACAAGUGUUUUCAGUUCCGCAAAAAUGUUAGUCUCAAAACUUGUUAUAUUAUUUUUCAUCGGAGUUUUGCACUCUUCGAUCGCCAAUUCGAGGUUGGAUGACGAUUCACAAGCUGUCGUAGAAGCAAACGCACAAACAAACAAACAAGACAAGUUAACAAAUAAUAGGGCGCUUGGAAGAGCUGAUGACGAAACUGAUUUAAACUCACCCAACUCUGAUCAUCAUCGUUCGGGGAAUCUUGGACAAAACAAUGAAAACAAUCAUAUGUCGAUGGUUUCCAUUCGUGAUGGUUCAUUCGGAAGCAUUGGCGGAACUGUGUCUAAAAUUGCCGUCGAUGCGGUACAAACAUUGCAACAAGGCGAAACAUUCCACAUGGCUAUCUCUAAAGAGUGA